AUGGACAGUUGGGAAAAAGAUCAGGCUAGGCUGCUGAAGAUUGUUGAGGAAAUGAAUAGUGGAUCAAGCAACAGUGAGUCUGAAUCUGAUGCUGACAGUGCUGAAAAUAACAAUUCGGAUAGUGAAGAUGAUGAAUCAACUACAGAUGAGGAAUAUGAAGCACCAGAAGAACCAGAAAAUGAUGAGACAUGGCAUACCAAUACAACAUCUAUAAGAAACUUUUCUUUUGAUGCAGAUGCCGCUGGGAUUCUUUUGGAUAUAGAAGAAAAUGUUUCUCCAAUUCAGGUUUUUGAAAAAAUAUGGGAUGACCAAGUAAUGGAAAUGAUUAUAAAAUCUACGAAUGAUUACGGCAUAAAACUUUGCAAUCAAGCACGGCCACAUACAAGGCAUAGUAGAAAGGCAAAUUUCAAAAAUACUGAUAUGAUCGAAAUGAGAAAGUUUUUAGGUUUGUGUUUGCUUCAGUCCCAGCUAAAAUUCUCUAGCAUUAGAAAACUCUUUUCCAUUGAUGCAUUACAUUACCACCCAGCAUUUCCGUCACAAAUGUCUGGAAGGAGGUUUGAGCAAAUAUUGAGGUGUUUUUGUGUUGAGGAAGAAAAUUCAAACGACCCUUUGAGGAAAAUAAAAAUAUUUCUUGAUUUGCUCAUACAAAAGUUUGCGAAUGCAUAUGCACCAAAUGAAGCAUUAUCAUUAGAUGAAUCGUUGUUAUUAUUUCGAGGAAGGCUUUAUUUUCGCACGUACAUGAAAGGCAAAAAGGCAAAAUACGGAAUUAAAUUCUAUGAACUUUGUUCAGCCCAAGGUUACGUUUUGAAUAUAGAAGUAUACAAAGGCCAUCGAGAAAACGAUGAAAACAUGACAACUAUUGAAAGUCUUGUGAUGCGAUUGAUGCAGUCAUACUUAAACAAAGGCCAUCAUUUGUUCAUGGAUAAUUAUUACAACAGUCUACCAUUGUCUAACAAAUUACUUAGCAAAAAGACACAUGUGACAGGAACUCUUCGUGUAAAUAGGAAGGGUCUGCCACAAGAAAUAACACGUCGUAAGCUUAGAAAAGGAGAACAUGUAUGGCGACGCCAAAAUCAGACUUAUGUGUCCAAAUGGAAAGAUAAACGGGAUGUGCUAUGUCUAACAACAGCUUACCACCCAAGCAUGAUAAACACAGCUAACCGGCAACAACAGGAAAAGAGAAAACCAAUUGAAAUAGUGAAUUAUAAUCAGAAUAUGUCAGGUGUAGACAGAGCAGAUCAGAUGAUGUCCUAUUAUUCCUGUCCACGGAAGACAAUUAGAUGGUAUAAAAAGGUAAUCUUUCAUCUACUGGAUGUAGCAGUAUGGAAUUCUUUCUACGUCUUUAAAGAAAAGACAGGUUCUCAAAUGAAGUAUAUAGAGUACAGGGAAGCAAUCAUACGAUCUCUAACUGGUAUAGACAAUAAACGGGAUGGAAGAACUUUGGUUCAAUUUAAACGUGCACAAAUCCAAACCAAUGAAAUCAACAACAAUGGAACACAGCAUUUUCCUGAGAAAAUUUCACCUACUGAAAAUUAUCAGCGAAAAACAUAUUUUCAGCGUUGUAAACAAUGUUAUAAACAGGGAAUAAGGAAGGAAACAUCAUAUUGCUGCAAGAAUUGCAUGUCAAAACCUGCACUGUGUCCUGCACCAUGCUUUGAAACAUGGCAUACCGAAAAUAAUGUAUAA